CUUCAGUUUCCAAGAUGGCGGCGCCUGUAAUUGAAACAUGUCAUGUCGCUUGUUGUGCCAACAGGACACCAAAUGUUGUUUCUUGGAGUCGUGGAGGAACCAUUGCUUUUGGGACAUGUAACUCGGUGGCUCUGUACGACCCACAGGAGAGAAGGGUUGUUGCUGUGCUGAAUGGACACAGAGGCAGAGUGAAUGCAGUCCAGUGGGUUCACAGAGAGGACUGUGCUCUGGAGAGUCAUCUUGUCUCAGGAGGGUCAGACAAUCAGCUCAUCCUCUGGGAGGCUCAAAAUGAGAAGUUCAGCAGGGCAGUGGAGUGUAAUGGCCACACUGGUCCAAUUUAUGCUGUGGAUGCCAUCUACGUGGAGGGCUCAAAGAUCCUGGUGGCCUCCUCAGCAUCCGACUCCACAGUCAGACUGUGGCUCUGCCAUGAAAACAAAGAAGCUGAGUGCCUCCAUAUCAUAUCAUUUGGCAGCGGUUUCAUGAUGGAUGUCUCUCUGGUUCUGUUGCCAGGCAGCAGAGUUCCCAUACUGGCCUGCGGGGGUGACGACUCUCGGGUGCAUUUGUACGUGCAGUCCAACGGACAGCUCCAGAAAACUUUGUCACUGCAAGGACAUGAAGACUGGGUUCGUGGAGUGGCGUGGGUAUCUAUAGGUGGGGAGCUGUUACUAGCCAGCUGUUCACAGGACUGUCUCAUCAGAGUGUGGAGGCUGUGUGCCAAGUCUGGGACAGACACCUGCACUGAGGACGAUCACACCAUCAUCAAAAUGAAAGAGGACAUUUUUGAAGUGAAGGAGAGAGACAUGUCCUCAGUGUUUGCUGUGUCUCUUGAGACGGUCUUGGCAGGUCAUGAGAACUGGGUCUAUGGAGUCCACUGGCAGCCUCCUUUCUACAAAGGUGGUGAAUUGCAACAGCCUCUCAGUCUGCUUUCUGCCUCCAUGGACAAAACCAUGAUCCUCUGGGCUCCCGAGGAGGGAUCUGGAGUCUGGGUGGAGCAGGUGCGUGUAGGGGAGGUUGGUGGCAACACCCUGGGUUUCUAUGGCUGCCAGAUGAGUCCGGAUGGAUCCAUGAUUGUGGCUCAUGCUUUUCAUGGAGCGCUACAUCUUUGGUGCAAUGACCAAGACAAAGAGGGGGAGUGGAGGCCUGGAGUUGUUAUAUCAGGUCAUUUCAAUGCAGUCCAGGACCUCAGCUGGGAUCCUGAGGGUGAGUUCAUCCUCAGCGUGGGCUCAGACCAGACCACCAGACUCUUCACUCCAUGGAGGAAACAAGAUGCCAAACUGGCAACCUGGCAUGAAAUCUCACGGCCACAGAUCCACGGAUACGAUAUGCAGUGUCUGGCCAUGGUCGGAAGGUUUCAGUUCGUGUCUGGAGCGGAUGAGAAGGUGCUGAGAGUUUUUCAAGCACCUCGUAAUUUUGUGGAGAACUUUGCUAACAUCUCUGGGACAUCAAGAGAAAAGCUGCUGACAUCCAGUGACUCUGCCAACCUUCCAGAAGGAGCCAGCACACCUGCUCUGGGUCUGUCCAACAAGGCUGUAUUUCAAGGUGACCUUGUCCCAAAAACCAAUGAAGAAGAGGGGCAGUUCAACAGUGUAUCUGAUCAAUACCAGGAGUCUUACUUCCACCCGCUCAAAAUGACUGAGCCCCCACCAGAGGAUCAUCUUCUCCAGAACACGCUCUGGCCUGAGGUCCAGAAACUGUACGGCCACGGCUUUGAGAUGUUCUGUCUCGCAUCUGACAGCGCCGGAACGGUGGUGGCAUCUGCAUGCAAGGCAUCCAAAGCUGAGCAUGCAGCAGUGCUGCUGUGGAGUACAGCUACGUGGCGUCAGCUGCAGACGCUGCCAUCCCACACCCUCACUGUCACCCAGAUGGCCUUCUCACCUGACGCACAACUCCUGUUAGCUGUGUCUCGUGAUCGCACCUGGUCUUUAUGGAGACGAAACCUUCCUACACCUGAAAGUCCAGAGCCACAGUUCUCGCUGCACGCACGCACAGGGAAGGACACAGCCAUACACAGCCGAAUCAUCUGGUCAUGUGACUGGAGCCCUGACAGCAAAUACUUUGUGACAUCCAGUCGGGACAAGAAGGUGAUAGUGUGGGGCCCGUGCAGAUUAGAGGACACUGGAGACCCUGUACUUCCUCCUGAGAUUAAACCCUGUUCCUCGGUGCUGGAUGUUGGUGAUUCUGCUACCGCUGUAGCUUUCUGCCCUGUACUCUGCUCUGAUAACAGCUACCUGCUCGCAAUUGGCUUGGAGCGUGGCAGAAUCCUGCUCUACAGGUGGAGCCCUGGCCAGGAGCCUGCUGGCGGACAUGACUGGAGCAACUGUGGAGAAACAGACACCUUACAAAGCCAUGCUUUGGCAGUGAAGAGGCUGCGCUGGAGGCCCAGGGCUGGCCAUGCAGGUCGAGAGAACAAGACGGAUGGACAGACUGAUGGAGAGAGUGAAGUCGAGGAAGAGAGCUCCUGGGUCCAGCUUGCCAGCGCCAGCGCCGACCACUCUGUCAAAAUCUUCAACAUCAACAAACUGGCUCUUUAGCACCACCAACAUUGACACUAUUAUGUCCCUCACACGCAGAGACACUUGGACUUGAUGGCCACAAGCCUGACUGGGGCACCAAGGCCACAGCUGCUCGCUGGCAAGCCAUUCACUCCCUGUGACAGCGAGUUAAGUCAUGGGUCAGUCGCAGGACAAACACACACAGCACACAUGCCCCGCAGUCUGCCUGCACACAGCUGAACAGAUUUGAUGGGUGGAAGCAAGAUGAUGAAAACACCAUGACCUUAGGGGUGGUAUUUUGCCUAGACACUUCAAAGUGUUUUAGAUUCAGAGAAGAAGACACCACUGGAUAUCUAUACAGAUCGCACACUUAGACAUUUUAUGCAAGUAAACAUUUAUAUGGUGGACUGUCUUCUUAAAGCAACAAAUCAAUGAAGUGAUCAUGUCAUAAUGAUCUUGGUAUUCUCUCUAGCUGUUAAGGAUGUCAUUAAUUACACAGCUUGUCUGGUGUUUAUUUGUUUUACGAACAAUUAAUUAAACGUUUCCUGCAUCUACAGUUUGACUGUAUUUGGUCUCUAAAUAAAGUUCUAGGGAUUGUAAAAUCCCCAAACUCUAUAUACACGAUGGUGUAAGAUCACAAAACACGAACAGUUUGUAGCAGCGCCAUACCUGUGUGUUUUUGUGUUGUCUAGCCCAGUUACUGAAGACCUGACAUACAGUACAGUUUAUCAUCGUGCAAGUCAAGGUUGCUGUGUUUCAGAUUUUUUGUGUUUUCCAUGUUGCCAGUGAUUCCCAUUUUAUUUCUUUAAGAAUAUCAACUCCUGAAGCCUGCAUAAGUUGUUAAAUCAGUUAUGGUUCACAACCUUUUUUGGCUUGUUACCCCUUAGAACAAAGCCAUGUCUCAUCACUGGUCAUCACUGUCUCUACCAGUUGUGACCAGUUCAACCAAAGAGCAAUAUUUUUCAUUUUUGUGUUUUAAUUGAAUAAUUUUUAAUGGCCUGAAGAGAUAAAAUUACCCAAUAAUUCAGAAGAAACAAUGCAAACAUUUAAGAAAAAGUAUACUUGAGUAGUAGUUAAGGAAAUAAAACGCAGAUAUGGACCUUUGCAGGCAGCAUAAACAUUAGAGCAAAUUGGAAUAAAUUAAUGCAAGACUGUCCAGUUAUUGAACGCUACAUUUUUAGAUUAUGGUACAUCUGUUUUUGGAGUAGAGGCUUUAACAGAAUUCUCAAGGACAGAAGUCCUUGUCUUGGAUUUACUGUGGACUCAGCCAAGUAUGCCAUCGUUAUAUGUCAGCCAUAAAUUUAUCUGCAAGAGAUUGUAACUACUGGCCGUAACUCUUUCUCUAAUCAUGUAUCCUGGUAUGUAUGGAGGCAUCAGUCAACCUAGGCCACACGCUCUUCCAGGAAAUGGCUGUUUUUCAAACAGUGCAAUGAGGUUUUGGGACAAUACGGCCAUAUAUCAAAGAAUUCUACAGAUAAUAUAUAACAAUGUAAUUAUUGAAUCAUUAUCAGUGAUGUUUCAAUUUAAACAUGAAUGAUCAUCUUGCUGGGGAUUUUCAUCAGCACACAUUUGUGAGAGGAGCUCUCUCAGGCUCUUAACUAUGACUACCAUGCCAAUACAUAAGGCAUAUGCUCCUUUCACAGACAUCCGCUCCAAUAUGACCUUGACCACUCAUCUUGAUGAGGUUGGAUUGCCAUAAUGUGGUACUGAGGAGGGAUUAGAAGUCACGUCUGAAAAUCCUUGAAUGCUACAGAUUAAUGGGGAAAUUGGUGACCAGUGGCAGAGGUAAUAAACCACUAACAAAGGUUACUGAGACCUCAGAAACACUGCUCUAGAGAAGGUUUUGAACAAACGAACACUGGAGAUGAAUACAUCAUUAUGCUUCUAUUUCAGUUUCAGUUAUCCUAGAUGAAUAGUCCAUGAUUUUAAUGAAAAUUAAGAGUUUUUUUUACAGCAUCAAAAUACACGAACAAAGUGUGAACAAAAACAUGUUUUUAAGCCAAAGAUUGUAAUUCUGGGUUUAUUGUUAAUGAGCUGUAAUUGUGUGUCCACAGUAUGUAUGCACUGUUGCCUUACUGUGGUUUGUUAAUGAGACAUUUCAUGGUGCUAACCAUGGA